ACUUUCAGUGUUCUUCUGAUACUUCCAGCCAUCAAAUCGUGCGCUGGUGUUGUGUGGAGCUGAGCUGAGUCAAGUCAGCCAAAUCACCAUCCAUUCGGUUUGAAUCGGAGCAAGAAGAAAUAAAUCGUCGCUGGCCCGACGAAAGUUUUUUCGCUUUUUAGAGGUGCAAAUUGUGCGUGUUUGGUUGCUUUGUUUGCGCGGUCGUUAGUAGACGGUGGAAAAUAUUUUUUCAAUCAAAACGACAUCCGAAAAUCGGUCGUGUUAUAGCGGAAAAUCCAUGAGGAAAAAUUAAAAAAUCUGAUCAUUCUCUCGGUGUGCUGAGUGGAAACGACAAGAGAGAGAGGAAGUGACUUGCUGGAAGUUUUUUUUUUUUCUUUUCCCUUCUGCGCUCGGUAGUGUGUGCGUAUGUGCGUGUGUAGGUGAACAGACCAAACGAAGGUGUGGAACGUCAGAAACGGAUUGUUUAUUACUUUAUUGUUUUGCUUGCGAAGAAUUUUGUGUUUUUGGUUGCACCAACGAAUCAAAAAUGGAUAAGUUCAUCAGUAUGUGGAAGGUGCGAGAACUCGCUGAUAAAGUGACAAAUGUCGUUAUGAACUACACGGAAAUCGAGGGUAAAGUGCGAGAGGCCACUAAUGACGAACCGUGGGGACCGACGGGGCCACUGAUGCAGGAGUUGGCCCAUGCCACCUUCACCUAUGAGCACUUCCCCGAGGUGAUGUCGAUGCUCUGGAAGCGGAUGCUUCAGGACAACAAAACGAACUGGCGGCGAACGUAUAAGAGCCUAUUGCUGCUGAAUUACCUGGUGCGAAACGGCUCGGAACGGGUUGUGACCUCGUCCCGGGAACACAUCUACGAUUUGCGAUCGCUGGAAAACUACACCUUCGUCGAUGAGAACGGCAAAGACCAGGGCAUCAACGUGCGGCACAAGGUGCGAGAGCUGAUCGACUUCAUACAGGACGACGAUAAACUACGCGAGGAAAGGAAAAAAGCGAAGAAAAACAAGGACAAAUACAUCGGCAUGAGUUCGGAAGCGAUGGGCGGUGGCAUGCGCUAUGGAGGUGGUGGUGGCGGUGGUGGUGACUACGGUGGCUACCGGGACAGCUGGGACAGUCGACGAACGGAGGACCGAGGAUAUAAUGAAGGACGGGAUCGAUUCGAAUAUGAUUACCAGUAUGACGGAGAACGGGACGAUUCGGAUACGGAAUCUAAUGGACCUUCUUCCAAUAGAUAUUACGACAAAGAACGAUCGAAGAGUCCGGCCACGCGCCAAUCAUCUUCCGUAUCGACUCAUUCGGCAGGCAAUUCGACGGUGUCGACAACAACGGCGGCAGAGAAAAAAAUCAAUCUGAACAUAAAAUCACCGUCGGCGGCAGCCGCCACGGUUAAGGCCAACAUGGCAGCGGCUGCAGCAACUAAAGGUGCAAAGAAAAUCAAUAUGGGAGCGGCCAGUAACUACGGAAAAUCGACUGAUCUAGGAAUUAAUUCUCCGACGCACCGAAACACCCACGCCGAAGAAGUCAUAUCUCCGACGAACAACAACACGGCGAGCGGGAAGCAGAGCAGUGCAAUCCUGGAGGACCUGUUUAGCACUUGCCCGGCACCGCCACCGGUGGUGACUGGUGCGUCGAAACCAAGUGAUUUGGAUGAUUUUAAUCCUCGUGCAGACGAUUCUGUCAAUGCCGCGGGGCAGGAAUUCGGAGACUUUGAAUCCGCUUUCGGAGGAGCCAAGAAACCGGUCAAAAGUGGUGAUGAUUUUGCAGACUUUGCUGCUUUCAGUUCGGCACCGGCACCGGCUCCGACGAACGAAUUGUUUUUCGGUGCUACAGCAGUGAACAGUGCCGUCCCCAGUACUGUUCCCAGUGGAAUGGACCUGUUCGGGAACAACCCACAACAGCAGCACCCCGCUGCAGUCACCAACGACAUACUGUCCGAUCUGAGUGGACUGAGUCUUGGAAGCACCAAUGUUGCUUCCUGUGCUGCCGGUGCUGGGCGCCAUCGAUGGAAGAACCAACUGGACAGCAGCUACCGGUCUCUGAUGGAACUGAUGGAAACCGUACCGAAAAUUAAAUCCGAAGAUGAACUGGAAGCGAUCAGAGACGGGUUGAGCCGACUGUUGGAGUGUUUGCCGGGACCGAGAACAUUCGAACAGUUGACGAAAUUGGAUACGCUCGAUGCCGACGAAGCACCGGAUUGGAUCAAGUUUGCUUCGGAGGAAUAUUCGGACUUACUUUCCGAACUAGUAGCUAGAUUUGAUCGACAGUUUCCGGGUCAAGGAACCGAAAUUGACGACAUGAUUUGGAGAAUUUUCAGUAUGGAUCGAAACUACGUCUUCGUGUUGGAAGCUCUGCGAAUGUUGACCACGGCGGAAGAGUUGAAGAAGAACCGAGAGGUAUUUGUAUUAUUGUUGACUCGAUUGGUCCAGGAGGAUGACUAUCUGGCCGGCUGCUUCGUUGAGGUCAGUCUGAAGGAAACCGAUGUAUUUGAAACUGAUUUAACAAAACACAACCAGUGGACCAAAGCGGAACAGUUUAUUCAGCUUUUAGCCGGAAUUCCGAAUAAGUUGGCUAACGUUCUUGAGCGAGAGACGCCUGACAUAUUUCUGCCGAAGAACUUUGCCCAGCUUCUGUUCCAGCAUCUACUGAAAGCAAUCGAUUCCCUGGCUCGAAUCAGUCAGUUUUACACAAACCUCUCGUGGGACUCGACAUUCCUCUCCAAGUUCCUGAGCAAACUGGUUACCGAUUUCAAUUUCGGAAAGCGUGCACCAUAUCUGCAGCACACGCUGAGAAUUUUAUCAAUCUGGUCAAGAUCCAACGCUUAUCAGCAGCAACCGCUUAUCGUUUCGAUUUUUGGUGGCUUAUUGCGCUCUGCAGUAGAAAUCGUUGCCCUAACGGCGCUUGCCAACGACAUCGAUUUGCUUCCAUUACUUGCCACCGGCGGUCUCUCCGGAGAAUGGCGUUACGUUCUUGGACAAAAAAUUCCCCUAUUCACCAGUUGUUCGGACGAUGCCAUUGUGGACAAUUUAGUUUAUCUUCUUGCACGAAUUUCCGAUCACCAUCAGAGCCCAUCGGUGCUGGUAGAUCUCAGCCAGGAGUUGAUCUCGGUUUGGUCGAGUAGAACCGGUAUCCAGCGAACAUCUUUCGAGCAGCAUCUCUACCUUUCGAAGCUACUUCUACUGGCCAUAGCCUAUUUGCAUCAGUUCCAGACUCGAAAGAUAACCUCCGAAGAGACCCGCGAAUGGAGAAGACUGCUUUUCGGAGGUCUCAAAUGUCAUCUGGAAUCACCCGCCAAACAGGUGCGCUGUGUUGGGAUGAUUGUUUGCGAGGUUAUUCUGAGACUUUUUGAUGAGAAAGAUGUGAAGGAUGAAGAUCGACUUAAAUUCGACUAUGAAGGAUUUGACGAGGAAACUCGGCUGCUAAUCGAUGAUUUGAGAACCUACAAAAAUCGCUGCAAAUUUGUCAAAGAUGAACUAUCACAAAACAACAUUUUCGAAAGCGAAAAUCUCGACGAGCUCGUUGAGAAACUGUUUAAAAAUUCCGGCAUACCCGGUCGUGACCUCCCAUCACCGAUCGCUGCUUCGUCAGCCAAGGUUAGCCAGCCUUCCGUUGCCGAUGUGGAAGUUAGUUUAGUGGAACUACCGGACAAUAAAAUCCCACUGAAAGAACAACGUCAUCCGGACAGUGACGAUUCCGAACUGGACUCGGACGAUGAUCUGCAACCGUACGACAUGAGCAACGAUUGUCUAAUCGGGCGGCAAAAGUACCGGCCCAAGUAUCUGCUGGAUCUGCGAGAAAUCCUCAUCGAUAGCUCGGACCAGCAAGCUAUGGAAAAAUUCGAACAUGCCGUUGAAGCCGCCCCAGAACUGAUCGAACAGCAAUUGGCGAACAACGACGUUAAGUUAGCUCUGGAUCUAUUGCAAAUAUUCCUGACCCUGGAAAGCCGUUGCUAUAUGGAACAUUUCCAAGAGUUAAAAUUCUCUGCUCUCAUCGCCAUCUGUACCGUGUACCCGCAGCAAUGUGCCGAGCAUUUGUGUCGUGAAUUUCAUUCCGAUGUGAGCAAGUAUUCCCUCAAUCGACGAAUUCUGAUGCUGGAUGUUUUAGCUCAAACCGCUAAAACCUUGUCCAACCAUGAUCAAUCGAAUCGAACAUCGAAACAGGAUCUUCCAGUGCGAUCCUCGGACGAACCACCAAAAGUAGAAACACUGCAGUUGAAGUUCCGCGAUGAAAACGAACUUCUCCGCAAACAACGACUGACCGAGGAAAUCAUACGGAAACGAAUAGAGUCGAAAACGCGUCGAUUUAGAACCCUGCGAUCGUCAGGGUCUAAUCACACAACGAGACAGGAAACUGUGAACCGCUUCGCCGACGUUGCCGGUUGGUUCUUCUAUCCUCUGUUGCGGGGAUUCGGAUCAAAUCGAUUUCUGUUCACGGCCAAUCUCAAGUUUCAGUACGAUGCCGACCAUCUGCUGUUGACGACGUUCCUUCAAAUUCUAUCGGUGUUGAUGCUUUGCGCGGAAAAUUGUCCUCAGGCGGCAAAAUUUGCCCGAGAACUACUGAAUUUAAGUGCGAUGAUGCGAUUCAGUGAAGAACCGAAAGUACGACUGUCGGUGCUGCAGGUACUGGCAUCGGUUCUGAUAGCCGUUCGUCGGGAACUGUUGCGACAAGACUUCUACGUGGAUCUGGUUGAACUGAAACAGUGGCUGGAGGAAUGCGUGCAGAGUAGUGUGGUGAAAGGCGAACGCAACGAAGAGUGUCGAGAAAUGGCGAAACAUGUGCUCGUGAUGUGCUACAAAGUUUUGGCGGAAGAGUGAAUGAAUAUCAACUGUUGAAGGCAAAAAUGUUACAAUUAAGUUUUUUUUCUC